CCCAUUAACACAGAAACCAAACAAACGGAAUCAGAAAAUAGAAAGACGAAAGCAAAAAAAAAAUCAUCGCAAGCAAAGACAGAAACCAAAGAGAAAACGUUCCAGAAAUCAAUCAAUGGCGUGCUCGGUUGCAGUGAACAACUCCCCUGUCUUCUCUCCCUCUUCCUCUCUCUUCUGCAAAACCUCAGUCUCUUCUCCUGAAACCCUGACGCGUCACCACCAUGUCUCUUCGCCCUCCUCGCCAUCUUCUCCCUUUAGGCUUAGGCUUCCCAAGUCCUUGACUGGGCUGAGGCCCUGCAAGGAGGGGCCUGCUUCUUCUUCUUCUUCUUCUGCUGCUGCUGCUGCUGCUUCGGCUUCGGCGUCUUCGCCCACGGUUUUGAAGCGAAAGAGGCCCGCGAGGUUGGAUAUUCCGAUUGCGUCGUUGAGUUUUCCGGCGCCGGUUCCGGUGGGUGAGGGGUGUAGGGAGGCGGUGGAGGAUGAGAGAGACGGGUAUUAUUCCGUGUAUUGCAAGAGGGGGAGGAGAGAAGCUAUGGAGGAUCGCUACUCGGCUGUGGUUGACCUUCAAGGAGACCACAAACAGGCUUUCUUUGGUAUUUUUGAUGGGCAUGGUGGUGCAAAAGCUGCUGAAUUUGCAGCACAAAAUUUGAAAAACAACAUCUUAGAUGAAGUGGUGAGAAGAGGUGACGAUGAAAUUGAAGAGUCAGUAAAACACGGUUACUUGAACACGGAUUCUGAUUUUCUAAAGGAGGAUCUCCGCGGUGGAUCAUGCUGUGUGACAGCUUUGAUCCGGAAUGGCAAACUUGCUGUGUCAAAUGCUGGUGACUGUCGCGCUGUUAUGAGCAGAGGGGGAAUUGCCAAGGCCCUCACUUCUGAUCAUCGGCCUUCGAGAGAGGAUGAAAAGAGCAGAAUUGAAAAGCUGGAUGGCUAUGUUGAUUGCUACCAUGGUGUUUGGAGAAUUCAGGGAUCUUUGGCUGUAUCCCGAGGAAUUGGCGAUCGUCAUCUUAAGCAGUGGGUAACUGCAGAGCCAGAGACAAAAAUCCUUGCAAUUCAACCUGACUAUGAGUUCUUAAUCCUUGCUUCUGAUGGAUUGUGGGAUAAGGUUACUAACCAAGAAGCAGUGGACAUUUCUCGUCCUUUUUGCAUCGGUGUUGAUAAGCCAGAUCCUUUGUUUGCCUGUAAAAAGCUCGUAGACCUCUCUGUUUCACGAGGCUCAACUGAUGAUAUCAGUGUGAUGCUAAUUCGGUUGGGCCAGUAUAUCUGAAGAUCCCCAUUAACCCUAAGGGGAAGGAAUUCACCUAACAAAUAGGCAACUUAUUUUUUCAGAGGAAACUCAGUUCUCUCAAGGGCAGGGCUCUCCGGGUAUAAUUAUGUUUUGCGGGUAGUGCCUGUGACUAUGAUAGAUAUGAUGAAGAGGAUCCAUAGUUAUACUGGAAGAGCCUUUAUCUAGCUGACUAUGUAACUUCGACACACCAUUUUUUAUUGAUAGAUCUACAAAUAACUUUGAUAUGUAAAUCAGUUGAUUCUCUGUAAAACAUUCUGUUGUAUAGGGUGUUCCUUUUUCUUUGUUUCUCA